GUGAGGCGCUGGCGGAGCGGCGGGGCGGCCGCCGGCCGUAGACAUUGCUAAUGGAUGAGUUGGUGCAUGACUUGGCGUCGGCCUUAGAGCAGACUUCAGAACAAAACAAGCUGGAUGAGCUAUGGGAAGAAAUGGCCCUAAGCCCGCGGCAGCAGCGGCGUCAGCUUCGCAAGAGACGGGGUCGUAAGCGACGUUCGGACUUCACACAUCAGGCAGAGCAUGCUUGCUGCUACAGCGAGGCCUCGGAGUCAAGUUUGGAUGAAGCAAUGAAGGAUUGCCGUGAGGUGCUGACAGCCAAUUUCAGUGACUCUGAUGACAUGGCAGUGGUCAAACGACACCCAGCUCUCAGUGCCACUCUGAGGAGCAAGCAGCACUCAUGGCACGAGUCGGACUCCUUCACAGAGAACGCGCCAGGUCGACCGCUUCGGCGCCGCCGGAAGGUGAAACGCGUGACAUCAGAAGUGGCUGCCAGUCUCCAGCAAAAGCUUAGGGUGUCAGAGUGGAACUGUGAGAGGGGCUGCAGGUUCAAGUCAGCCAAGAAACAGCGUCUUUCACGCUGGAAGGAGAACGCCCCUUGGACAACAUCCAGUCGUGGCCUUUGUGAACCUGGAGAGAACAGACCCUUCCUCAGCAAAGUGGGAAGGAAAGAGCGGAUGGAGUGUGAAGCUGGUGAACAGAAACAGGGCUCAGAUGAAAAUAUGUCUGAAUGUGAAACCAGCAGUGUAUGCAGCAGCGAUACUGGCCUUUUUACCAAUGAUGAGGGCCGCCAAGGAGAUGAUGAGCAGAGUGAUUGGUUUUAUGAAGGAGAAUGUGUCCCAGGAUUCACUGUCCCCGGCUUUCUCCCCAAGUGGGGAGCUGAUCAUCGAUCUGAAGUGGAGCGGAUUGACUCAGGCCUGGAAAAGCUCUCAGACUCCACGUUCCUUUUGCCCUCGCGGCCGGCUCAGAGAGGGUUUCAUGCUCGUCUCAAUCGCCUACCAGGAGCUGCUGCCCGUUGUCUCCGGAAAGGUCGAAGGAGGCUUGUUGGCAAGGAGACCUCCGUGAGCACUCUGGGCACUGAGAGGUUAGGCCAUAUUGUUAGUGACCCUCGCCAGAAACAAAAGAACAAAGUGCCAGCCUCUGAUUUCCCCCACACUGUGGCCUGUGCACAUGAGUUCAAUCCAUUAUCUCCUCUGUACUCUCUGGAUGUGCUUGCUGAUGCUUCACACCGAAGAUGCUCACCAGCACGCUGCACUGCCAGGCAAGCAAAUGUACAUCUGGGACCACCGUGCUCAAGGGAUAUCAAGAGGAAACGAAAGCCAGCUGCAGCCUCCAUUUCCAGCCCGACUUCAGCAACUUUGUCUAUCCACAUGGAUGCUGCAGACUCAGACCUACCAGCAACACUGUCCCUGAGAUCCCAGAGCUCUGAGUGGACAGGGAAAACACCAGCAGCUGAAAAAGCCAUUGUUGCUUCCUCAAUUAACUUUUUCAAAAUGCCACCAGAGAAGAGCCCUGGAUACAGCUAAAAGGAAGCAUUGUAGCUCAUCAAAGCUUAUUGGAUUUUGGAAGUGUUGGACUCUAUGUCUCUAUCAAACGUCUUGUUUGGCAGUAGCGAUAUCUUCAGUAUUGGUACGUGAUGCGUGCCAUCAUCCAGACUGAUCUGCGUGCCCCACAUAUCUAAAUCAUGUUUGUGAAUCUGUGUUUAAAGAAAGGUAAUCAGUGGUGUUGGGACCGCAGUGGCUUUUUAAAGUGCUCUUGCUAUUGCUGUGAGUAUUUAUUAUGCAUUCAUCUCUUUCCCUGAUGCCAGCUCAUACGUGCUGGGUCAUGUACAGAAUCUUCUGGGUUUUAAGAUCUUGAUCUUAGGUCACCCCAUGGACACGUUGCUUGUUUGCUGUAUGCAGUGUUUUUCAGGUGGAAGUCCCGCUGCCGCUACGGGAAGGCAGAAGUCAUCUUCUCACGCCUUUCUCAGACCACCAGAAUUCCUGGCUGAGGGAUGAGGAGGGAAUGCAAAUGGGUUGAAAACAUGGAACCUGAGUUCUGUAUUAGCUGAAUGUCAUCAGGCUGCAUGCUAAUGGAAUUGACUCGUUGCUUCUAGAGAAGCAAAUGUGAUGCUUGUCCAUUCAGGAAUUGUCAUUGGCUCUGGCACUGGCAGCAUGGCCCAUUACAACCUUUCCUUCUCCCUUGUUCUGAAUGUAUUUAGUCUUGCUUUCCUGAAUCUCCUACUGGAUAAGGAGUUGGGAGAUCUACUUGGAUAUAAAUGUGCAAGCUGGUGUCAUGGAGAGGAUCUUGGGCCCUUGAAUAUCCUUGGAGUAUGAGAGAGAAGAUGCAAAGCUUUUAUUCUUUGGUGUAUAACUUCAGAAGUGACUGUCAGUGUAUCCCAGGAUGCUUGCGGUUGAAGUUGACCUACCACCAAAGAAACUUAACAGAUUUCCUGAGUUCAGGAUAGUCUGGUACUGAUCAGACCACUUCUAUCUUAUAUUCUCCCUCCCUUCAAAAAGUGUUGUCCAGUGGUAUGUGCUGCAGGUGUCUGCACUGCUGAUGAUUAUGCUUCACACUGCAGCAUACAUAGGAGAGUUUCUUCUCUCCGUAACCCUUCCCCUUGGUCCCCUGUUACCUUUCAUGUUGCAGAAUAUAUAGAAAGUCGUUUCUCCCCUUCUUCCUGUU